AUGUUCAUGCAGUCGGCAGUCAGUCAAGGACAACGAGACACUCAAAAGCGACUGGAUCCAGGCGUUAAGAAAACCAGGCGGUGGAUUAUGGGCCUUAUCCUGGGGUACACAAUUAUGUCUCUCAUGGUAGUGAAGGUCGCCUCCGCAGCAACUCUAUAUCAGCAACACCAGCAGCAACAUCUGCAGCAGCAAUCCCCCAACGACAUUGAGUCCUCGGCAGACGAACCAUCCACCGAGGAGCCGGAACACUCGGAGGGCGACACCGACAUCGAGAAGAUGCGGGCCAAGUUGCAGCAACUGCAGCACGAGCAGCAGCAACAGUAUCUGCGCCAGCAGCAACACCAGUUGCAGCUGCAUUUGCAGCAGAUGCAGGCGACGCAGGGAGCUGGAGUUGGUGCCGGGGGAGGGGAAACCGCCUACUUAUUGGAGCGUGCCGACAGCAACAUCGCACCCAUCUAUGGGACGUGGCGCACGAAAGCGCAACGGCAGCAACACGCAAUAUCGUCGCACGAACCGGACGACGCCCAUGUUUACGAGCGUCUGCCUAAGCGAUCGGCGACCAUGACGCCUCUAAGGGGGCUGGGGCUGAUGCGUGAUCAGAUGCCACGUCCACCGCGUCUCACCACCCAGGACAUGCAGAUGUCCUUGGGGUCGCCCACGCCGCCGCCGGCGCCCACAAAGGGUUUACUGCGACGUCAGUACUCGGAGACACCGGGAUCGCGAGCCCAACGGGCUGGUCAAGAGGAUCAAUUCAAGCCCAAACCCUUUCACUUUCCCUACGAAGGGCCCAUGCCUGAGCAGUUCACCAAGGGUGCUGACGGUCGUCCCGAGCUGAACAACAUUCAGGACAUCCUGCAACACUUGCACAUUGGGGGUUUAACUCCCAGUAAACUCCCACCCAUGGUGAUGAUGCCCACUGGCCUUCACAUAGCUGGCAGUUUCAAGAACCUCAAGUCCAGCGGCAUAGGGAACUUCUUCCGGGGCAAGCGCAACAAGAAGCAGAUGCAGUUCAGCAUUCCCAUGCCCAUGUUUCCCAUGGCCAUGCCCAUGCCCAUGCAGUGGUACAAUCCCGGAGUGAUGCCCCACCAAAGGGUGGCCAUCGAUCAGCUGUAUCCUUAUAAGCCAAGAUCACCACAGGAUGUCAAUCUGCUGGCCAUGCAGUCGCUGGGAAAUGGAAAACCCCUUUCCAAAAAGAAGAAAAAGAAGCAGCAACAGCAAUUGCAACAGCAGCAGCAGCAACAAUUACUGGAGCAUGGCAGCCAGCAGCACUUUGUGGCCGAUCCCUUCGUGCAGCACUUUGCACCACCUGUGCUCACCCUGAAUGCCACCAGGCAGCCGCAGCUGAAGAGGGUUCCGUUCAAGGUCAAUCUGGAUAUAUAUCCCGUGCUGCCGCCUUCGCGACCCGCCUCCGUGAUGCGACAUCCCUUCCAGCAGGACUACGCCCUGCCCUCGCCGGCUGCGUUGACGGGCACUACAGCAGCCGCCUUCCACAUGGGUCAUGGCAUCUAUCAGACGCCCUUCAAGUUCCCCACCCAACAACCCGUGGUCUUCCCCGAUCAGUCCACCAGAUAUAGUCAGCAACAGGCUUUAUAUCAGGCACAGGCCCACAAGUAUCCGCCUCCGAAGAGCGUGCUUGGUGAUGAACCCAUCUAUGGUCAGAGUCCUGGACAUGGUCAGGGUCAGGGGCAGGGUCAGGGUCAGGGUCAUGUGGAGAGCCAAACGAAUCCCAUUAUGCUGCACCUAAAUGUGUUUCCCAAGCAAAAGCCCACUGCCACGAUUCGUGCCUCCACCAAUCCCUUCUACAACCACAACAUGCAACGCAACACGAUUAACUCGAACGAUCUGCCACCACCCAACCCGCCCAGUCCCAUAGAACCAAGACAGACAGUCAAUCACAAUGGCACCCACUCGCAGCAACAUCAUCAGCUGCAGCAACAGCAGCACCACCCAUCGCUCAAUCAAACGACACAGCAGCAACAUCAAACGAUACAGCAGAUACAUCAGCAUCAAUCCCAAGCCGGCAAUCGCUCUAGUACCAUUUCCCGCAGCGAUCACCUUCCACUGAUCGACUUUGAGCAUCCCAUUGUGGCGGCAGAACUUCCAGAUCCUGCCUCCUUGACCAGCAUUCGGCAGGAUCUUCGCUACAGGAAAACGCCCAUUGAUGAGCACUAUCGCUACCAAAAGAGCGCCAACAUCGAGCAAUUGGCUGCCGAGGCCCAGACAGCCUCGCUCUUUCGAUUUCCCGUCGAGGAUCUGAUACAGUUCCAGGUGGACGAUGCUCUCUAA